AUGACUCGCAUACUGGCAAAAGCAACUCCGCGGCCGGGACUCGUGGGACUGGCUCGCACGAGUAGUCCUGCUCUUAGACGCUGGCAACAUGUGCGAGUGGACUCGACGCUGGAGGUCGGUUCAACGCACACGAAUUCUGCUGUCUCUUCCUCUUCCUCUUCUUCCUCUACUCCCCCACUGGCCGCUCUCCCCAACGGUGUCCUGCUGCGAUCUCUGCUCAUCGCCGCCAUCUCCUCCAAGCCCUACUUGCUGGGCCCGUCGCUGCGCAUCCUGUCGAAGUUGACGCAGCCUGGGCACGGACUGCUGCUGGACGUCGACCGCAACGUGCUGCUGCAUCGGCUGCUGAAGCUCACCUUCUACAAGCAAUUCUGCGCCGGCGAGACGGGCAGCGAGACGCAGCAGACGCUGCGACACAUGAAGGAUCUCGGAUUCCGCGGCACCAUCCUGACCUACGCCAAGGAGACGGUGUUCGACCAUAAGACGAACAAGUCGCAUGGGCUGGGGAUCACCACCGACCUGGCGCAGGAGAAGACGCAGCAUUGCCCGACCAUCGAGGCCUGGCGCAAGGGGACGCUCGAGACGAUUGAUCUCCUGGGCGACGGGGACUAUCUGGCCGUGAAGCUCUCCGGAGCAGGACCCGCCGUCAACGACGCCUUCGCGGCCGGCGAGCUCCCCCCGGCGCAGAUGCUGGCGGCGCUGGAGGAGAUCGGAUCCAAGUGCCGCGACCGCCGCGUGCGCAUCCUGGUGGACGGCGAGUCGCAGCACUUCCAGCAGGGGAUCCUGCGCGUGACGAUGGACCUGAUGCGGCGGUACAACCGCGAGGGAUCGGCGCUGGUGUACAACACGUACCAGGCGUAUCUGAAGAGCACGCCGGCGACGCUGGCACGGCACCUGGAGGCGGCGCAGCGCGAGGGCUUCACGCUGGGCCUGAAGCUGGUGCGCGGCGCCUACAUCGCGUCGGACCAGCGGUCGCUGAUCCACGACACCAAGGCCGACACGGACGCCGCCUUUGACGCCAUCGCCCAGGGCGCCCUCCGCCAGGAGAUCGGCGCCUUCGGGGCCUCGUCCCCCGCGGGGAAGCCGUUCCCCUCGGUCAAUCUCUUCCUGGCCAGUCACAACCAGGCCAGCGUGGUGGCGGCGCACCAGCUGCAUCGCCAGCGCGUGCAGGACGGCCUGCCCACGGUGCCGGUGGGGUUCGCGCAGCUGCACGGCAUGUCGGACGCGGUCAGCUUCGGACUGUUGAAACUGAAGGGGUCGGAUGGCACGCCGGAGGUGUACAAGUGCUCGACGUGGGGGAAGAUGGGCGAGUGUCUGGCGUAUCUCCUGCGACGGGCGAUUGAGAACCGAGACGCGGUGGGCCGCACGGGCGAGGAGUUUCUGGCGCUCAAGAAGGAGGCGUGGCGGCGACUGGGGUGGAGGAAUUAGUGGGGAUGGAUCUUCAUGAACUAGUGGUAUGAAGUAGUGAAUGCGACACGAGAUAUGAAUUUCAACUUUCAAGUGUAU